AUGGCGAACCAAGAUGGCGUCUAUGGCACAUUCACUAUCGCAUCAGGAUGCAUGUGCUUCGGAUCCCUACAUAAUAUCUGGGGCGGAUCUCUUGCCCCAGUCCAACUCUUCCGUCAGGUCAAACCUCAGCCAUCGGGUACAGUUUCGGCCCACGAGCUCAAGCACAACAUCGCCGCAGUGAAUGGGACCUGGAAUGUGUUCCAGCUUAAAGAUCUCCGAUCAGGUCAAGCUUCUGGCUGGUUUGCAUGCCAUGUCGAUGUGGAUCCAGAUCGCGAGAUCGAGAAAAUCCUCUUAG